AUGCACUCUGCUCUGCUGACCACCGUCCUCGCCCUUGCGGCGCCCUUGGCCUCUGCGGCUACACUGCCCAGGGAAGUCGUCGAGGUCGGGACUCGUGACACUACUGUGCCUGUCUCGUAUGCCACGGCAUACCUGGACAUUAGCCUCAAGAUCGCCGACUUCGGCUGCUCUGCCGCCCCCAACGGCAGCGUCGUGCAGAACUACGAGUACUUCGUCGACGUCCUCGAGGACUACUACAGCAUCAUCGCCACACCUUGGGCUGCCGCGGACAAGAACGCCUGUGGCCAGUGUGUGGAGGUCACAUACACCAACCCCGCGGGCGAGAAGCGCAAGGUCUACAGCGUUACGGUAGACUCCACUGGAGGCUACUUCAACCUCGACCAGGCUGGGUUCGCCGGUCUGGACGGCCGCGGUUCGUUCGACGCGGGCACCCUCCAGGCCACCGCGAAGACGGUUGAGCUGGAGAAGUGCCGACGCGCGAGGCAGUAG